AGUAUUACAGUUGAUUUCAUUGGUUAUUGAAACUGUCAUGGAGGAUACCUGUUAGCAGACUUCGUGUUUAUUCUUGUAGUAUUAGUUUCACUGUCAGUACUCCAUCAUCUUUUAAUAUUCACACGAAACUGUUCUUGCAGAAGACAAAAGCCAUUAUGCCGUUAUUAAUCAGAGAUUACACGUGGGAAGAAACAGAGAAAAUGAUGUUUAUCACCGUUCCAUUGAAAGGUGUCCGUGCCAACAAAGUUGAUUUGUUGUCAUCGGAGGAAUUUAUUAAGGUCAGUUUUCCACCAUAUUUAUUCGAGUGUCUAUUAUACGCACCAGUGGACGACCAAACAAGUACAGCUCAAAUAGGAAAUGGGGCUGUAGUGUUUAAACUGAAGAAACAGGAACCUGGAAUGUGGUACCAGCUCUCAAAAGAUGAAAUCGUUGAUAAACAACUUAUAAAACAGAAGAAAGAGGAAGCCAUUCAAAAGAAUCAGGAGAGGGCAGUACAGGAAAGGAAAGAUAAGGCAGAGAAAAAGAGGGCAUCAGAAAAAUAUACAGUUAAUGAAAUGAUGAAGAUAGAAGAUGAUGAAAGGGAGAGAAUUAACAAUAUAAAAGAAUAUGAAAGGAAAAAAGCCACAGAGGAGUUAGAAAGAUGGAAAGAAGAACAAAGAGAAAUGGCUGAGGAGGAAAAACAAAGAAUAUUGGAGGAGAAAAUGGCAGAAGAGGCAAGAAAGAGAGAAGAGGAAAGAAAACAGAGAAAAAAGAAAGGAAAAAAUAUAUUUGAAGAAUCAGCUGAAGGAGUACCAAGGAGGGAGGUUGGUAAAAUUGAAGUGAAGUUUACAAAAAGGGUAUUUCCUACAGCUGCCAGGGAAUCACAGACUCCACAAGAAGAAGAGUGGUUGCAGAAACAAGCUGAUGCAAGGAAGGCAUUAGAGGUGGAGGAUUCAGAUUUAACUGAAGAAGAAAAGAAUCCAUUAUUCAUGAGAGAUAAGGCAAAUGAGUUUUUCAAAUCUGGUAAUUACCAAGCAGCAGUAAAUGCCUAUACUACAGCACUCAGAUAUAGUCCAAAGAUGCCAGCAUUAUAUUCAAAUAGAGCAGCAUGUCAUUUAAAACUAAGAAACUUUUUCAAGACCAUAGAAGAUUGUUCAAAGGCAAUUGACUUACUUCAUCCACCAGUCCCUCAGAAUGCUGCCAGUAGAUUAAAAGCCUUGAUUAGAAAAGGAACAGCUUUCUGUCAGCUCGAGUUGUAUGUUGAAGGUUUACAGGAUUAUGAAUGUGCACUGAAAAUUGAUCCAAACAAUGAACAAUUAAAGGCUGAUGCAGAAAAAAUCAGACAGAUUAUACAGAGUAGUACGGGAAGCUGAAAAUAAAAACAUUUAGUUUUUAAAGUAUACCGGAGAUGUUCAGUCAAUAAGGCAUAUUAAAGUUAAGGACCAACAACCGAAGUUAAAGACCAACAACUAAAGUUGAAGACCAAUAUCCAGAUUAAUAUUUCCAAAAACAUGAUGGCAGUGUUUAAUUGUUUCAGUAUAGUACUGAAAGAAUUGAUUUUGAUGAAACAUUUUUGCUAUUGAUUUGAGAUAGGGAAUAUAAAAAUAGUGUAUAUGACCAAAUGAAACGUUGCAGGGACGAAAAUGUUAUUCAUUGCAGGGAAUUUUUUAUAAUGUAUAUGAAAAACAUUAAAUCGACAUCUAUGAAAUUUAAUUACAACUUUUUUUUAAUUGAUUAUGAUAUGUUGUAUUGACAAUGAAAGCUCACAUUCCUGUAUAUUUGUUCAGAAUUGUUGAAUCACAGUCUGGUCACUAAACUACAUCAGUCUAUUAGGGACUGGUAGCUGCUUUGUAUUAAUCCUUCUACAAUUCUUGUGUUAUACAAUAACUCAAUUUAUCCUCAUUUAUCCAAAAAAUUAUAUGAUUUGAGAAAAUAAGCUUUUAAUGAUCUUCUGAUGGCUUUAUUCAGAGUAACAUGAAUUGAUGCAUGAAUGUACCCAAAACUAGUAUAAAAAUAAGAAGAUGUGGUAUAAUUGCCAUUGAGACAGGCUCCUGACUUGGGACAGGCACAUACAGAAUGUGGCAGGGUUUAACAUGUUUUUGUUCAUAUAUCACAAUACAAACAUUUAUUGUUGUAUACACAAAUUGAUUGUUCAUUCUUUCAUUUUUUCAUUUAUUCGUUCACACUUUAAUUUCAGAAAUUGUUGUAAUGUUGUUAUUAUUGUAGAAAGUAGAAGUUGUGACCAGAUAGGUUUUGUUGAAUAUAAAUACCAUCACUUAAAUUUGGAUUGAAUUAUUUGUAUGCAGCAUCUCCUGAUAUCAUAAUUAUCAAAUCUAGCAUUUUUGUCCAUUGUUUUCAACAAUCACAGUAAUUGAAACAAAUAUAUACAUCAAACACUGGUUAGUUGAAAUAAUCAUUCCGUCCAAAUAUUUGUAUUGAUUUUUUACAGUUUUGCUAUACAUUGAAUUAUUUGUUAUGUUGCAUAUUGUUUUUAUUUAUUUAUUUUAUACAUUUCAAUGAAAUAAAUCUGAAUACAAUUGAAA